AUGAAAAUAAAUGAUACCCAUGGUCACUGGGCAUUGGAGCUGACGAUGGAAUCAUUAAAUAUACCGCCUGGCUACAUUUACCCUGCUUUUGUUUUUGGGACCCUUACAUAUGUAAUUAUUCUGUUUUGUAAUAUACUUGUGUUUACAACAAUUGUCUUCACAAAGAGUUUGCAUUCCCCUAUGUUCAUCUUGCUGUUAAACCUGCCUAUACUGGACAUAAUGGGAGCCACUGCUCUUCUCCCUCAGCUGUUACACAGUAUAGUGUCAAAUGACCGCUCUAUUUCCUACCCUGGGUGUUUUCUUCAGGCUCUGUUGAUUCACAUCUCUGGUGGAGGAGACUUCUUAUUCUUAACUGCGAUGGCUUAUGACAGAUAUAUUGCGAUAUGCUUGCCUCUUAGGUACCACUCUCUCUUGACGUUCAAUGUUUUGAUAAGAACCAUCGUAGGCGUUUGGUUAUCUAUCAUCACUAUUAUGGGAGUUCUGUUGUGUACUACUACACAGUUCAAAUUAUGUAUGAAUAAUAUAGUUGAUAUAUUCUGCAACGCUCCCUCUUUAGUGAAACUAACCUGUGAAGACACCAGCGUCAAUAGAAACUAUGGUGUAUUCACUAUCAUAUUUGUCCAAGCUGCACCAGCCGUCAUUGUAACAUACACAUACAUCCAGAUAUUGUUGACUUGUAUGAAGAAUAAGCAGUCAGAUAGGAUAGGGAAAGCUCUCCAAACAUGUGGAACACAUCUGGUGGUUUUUAUAUUCUUACAAUUUAUUAUUAUGCUCACUGUGAUGGCUCACAGAUUUAAGAGUGUGUCCCCAAACCUGAGAAGGGCCCUGGGUGUAGCAUUUAUAGUAUUUCCCCCAGUACUCAAUCCACUUAUAUAUGGGCUCAACACAAAAGAACUGCGGAAAAACAUGAUUCAAAUGGUUAAAAGAUUAAUUUUAAAGAGCCAGUUAACCCACUGA